AUGCUGGAGCCGGCAAGAAGCGUAUAUGAUACCGCAAUCAGCUCGAUGAUGCAGGGGAUUGCGAUUGGGUCAUCUAGUUCAGGGCUAGGCGGCCAGACACGAGGUGAGCUGGGCGAGGCGUCUGGCGAGCUGGAGGUCGCGUUUGCUCAGCCUUGCGAGACGCCCGUGAAGGACGUCCCAGACCGCAUUGAACUAUCCGAUCAGGAGAACGACCUGGUGUCCAAGAGCCACUCGUCGAUCAAGUUUGCGAUCCCCAUCGGCGCCAUCGGUCGUAUUCUGGAGCGUCCCUGGAGCGAACUUGCGGCCAGUGGAGCAACUUUUGCAGUCGACCAGACUGAAGUGGAGGGCAUGGUCACAUUGAACGGCUCUCUGGAUGCAGUGCACAGAGCACAUCGCUUAAUCAUUGAGCGGAUCUCAGCUGAUCACUGA